AUGUUGUUCUCAAAAUUAUACAAACCAAAUUAUUUGAAAACGUUCACAAAUUUACGAACAAUCACCACCACAAAAUGUUUGAAGGUUGAACAUGCAGAAAUUCGCAUUCCAGUACCAUGGGGGCAUGUGUCAGGACAAUGGUGGGGCUCAAAAGAACAAAGGCCAAUUUUGGCCGUUGCGGGAUGGAAGGAUAAUAUUGGAACAUUUUUACCAUUAAUUGAAGAAGUCUCCAAACACGUUGGCAUUGUUUGCAUCGAAGUCUCAGGUUUAGGGCUGUCAACACCAUUCCCACCUGGAUUUUUUUAUAAUUUCGAUGCCGCUUUAACUAUCGUGCACCAUGUUUUAGAUCACUUUAAAUGGGAUAAAGUCUCCUUCAUGGGUCAUUCUUUGGGUAGUGGUACUGCAUUUAUGUACGCAGCACUGUAUCCCGAAUUAGUUGAUUUCAUCGUGGGAAUUGAUAUGUUGGUACCCAUGCCAACUAGCAGAGAAAACUUUUGUAAAGUGCGACGAACAUCUUUAGACAGUUUUCUGGCUUGGGAUAAAGCGAUUGCAAGAGGUGAACGUAAAUUAUAUACAUAUGAAGAGGCUCAAGAAGAAGUUACUAAAAACACAUUCAAUUCAAUACCACGCGAAUUUACUGCACACUUAUUACAACGGGAACUAGUUAGAUCUGAUUCACAUCCUGGAAGGUAUUAUUUCCGUAUGGAUCCAAGACAUAAUGUUAAAGCGGUCACAUAUCCACCUGAACAGAUAUUAGAAAUGGCUGAACAAGUGCGAUGUCCAAUAUUAAAUAUAAAAGGAACAGAAUUUCCUUUUAUUGAAGGAGAAACAAUGUAUUAUAAGGUUUGUGAAAUCUUAAAGAAAAAUAACGUUCCAUUGCAAAUAGAAAAUGUCCAGGGUUCGCAUCAUGUACAUUUAACUAAUACAGACGAUUGUGUGCCAAUUGUUAAAGAUUUUAUUCGAAAAUAUGAUAGUGAAGAACGUUUUUCGGAGAUACCCAAUGCCGAUGUACGAAAAUUUUAUAAUUUUUGUUAGUUAACUUUAUGAGUGUUCACAUUUUCGAAUCCAAAUAUUUACUUUUUACGCUACUAACCGAAGAUUUGAAGGUAAUUUUGACUAAGAACAGAGAAGUCGCCAUAUCCAUAGUUGUUGGUCUAUGUGAAAAUAUUCUUAAUGCUACAGCCAGACACAAGGACGAACACCAACGAAACUAGCCAAGUUCUAAACAAUUUAUCUUUUUUCCUUUUUCGUUGUGGUUACCUAGUGUUCGUCUUUGCUUGUGGCCGCAUCAUUAGAUGACUUUGAUUUACAAAUAUAUUUUGCUAUUUUUCAACAAGUUUGAAUAGAAAAACAUUUUAUAAAUGUUUGUUUGUGGCAUUAUUAUGUAAGGGGCACAUAGUGAAAUCUGUGAAAGUUGCUCUAAAAAAGAUAUAGCUUGUGCUUGUUCAUUCAUAUGUCAUCACUCAUCACAAUGUGACAUCUUCUAACAUAGUUGUCAUCAUAUCGUGAUAAUACCUUCAUGUUAGGAAUAAACAAACACAAGCUAAAUUGUAGGGAAAAUCAUCAAUGACAUCAAGCAGUUAAUACGGAAACCGUAAGCAGAGGCUUAAAUCUUAAAAAUACAG